AAUAGAAGUUGAAAAUGUUGAGGUUUCUCUACAGGUUUCUUCUCGUUUCUUGAAUGCCGCCCGCACGCUACGGCACAUUUAUUAUCAAUAGGAUAGAUGUAUUGCUCUAUAUAUUCUUUCUUUCAUAACAUGGAAUAAUUGUAAUGAAUUCUAGCAGCAGACCAUUAUUUUAAAGAGAUUUUAUCCUUCGCUAUAGUCAGCUUGAUCUUGUUAUCAUGUCUCUAGGGCUUCCUAACACCGCGGUGGCAAUAUAGCGGUAGAGCAGGUGUGUUUAAAUCGUUCCGACAAACUCUUAUUAGUCGAACGAUCGUAAUAUAGGUCAUCCUACCUUCUUACGUACAUCGACCAAACCGAAGGCCAUUAGAAAGCAAAUAUCACACAUACAUCGACCAGUACAUUGGUCACAUACAUCGACCAGUACAUUGGUCACAUACAUCGACCAGUACAUUGGUCACAUACAUCGACCAGUACAUUGCUCACAUACAUCGACCAGUACAUUGCUCACAUACAUCGACCAGUACAUUUCUCAUAUUGAGAGGAAGAGCCCUUCGGAAACCGACCAGUACGAUUAGUACAAUUGUCGUAAUGUCAGACAUUGAUUUUCUUGGAGAGUCAAAUAGAAGUGAAAGUGUAAGAAAAAAUUAUGGGAACAACAACUUGAAGACGACAUAACUUUUGAGAAACGCUAUAUGAUCGGCCGUGAAAAAGUAAAAAGGAGAGAAAAACGAGAAAAGAAAAAAAGUUGGAAAAGGGAGAGAAAGAGAAAGGAAAAGAUAAUUAGAAAGUGAUAUAAGUAUGAUAUCUCUAUAUAACGGCAACCUUUUGUUGURCUGUCUUGAUUUACGUAAUACGGUCAGUAUUUUACGCAAUUAGUGCAUUAAAAUGUCAAGAUGGACGUUUAAAGCUGAAAAGAACCUAGUUCUCGUGUAUCUUAGUUUCUAUCGAGGAAAAUUUUGAAUGAAACGGAACUAAACCCAWCUUUAAAAUCGUGCAUUUGGUAAUCAUUACUGAUAAGCCUAUCUUAGUUACCAUGGAAAUCAAAACAAACGGUUGAUUUAUUGAGAGUGAUGAGAAUCUUUCUUACCACGUAAAACAGUCUUGAAUCUUUUUUUUUUCCUGACGUGACUUGACGGAGUUAUCGUGGCUUAGUGAGUAUUACUAACGUAUUUUACAUGUCGGCGAUCACCUAGGUUGUUUUUAUUUGAUUUCUAGUUUUUAAUUUCUCACCAUGCAGUUUGAAUUAACCAAUGCUUACCACAGUAGAUUACAUAUUAACAUAUCUAGAACUCAGCUUUUUGGCCGUUAUUGGCUUGUUUUGAUCAAGCAAACAAUUGCGUCGCCACAACGGGGCUUCAUUUGACCCUUAAAUUACACGCUCUUAUUUGAGUAUUUAUUAUUCUAAUUGUACAGCUUAGUCAACACUUGUUUACUGACGGAACUAUACCAGAGCAAACAAGUUAACAAGCRAGAAACACUGACAAUAACUUGCAUGAAAUGAACGGCGAAUUUACUGCGCGGUACAAGUAAAACGAAGAGAACAAUAAUCAUAAUGAACACGACAACAAUGCCUUCCAACCCACGACCAGCCAGGAAAAUAUCGUACAAAGAACAACAAUCUGUCGAUGAGAUCUUGCAAUUGGUUCAAGACCAAACAAGAAAGAUGUCGCUAUCAGGAGCUGACUAUCGAACACAAAAACGACUUGAGCGCUCGGCAUCACAGAUCGAAGACGACAGUGACUUUUUUGACGAUUCUAGUUAUGGCACGGCGAGCUCUGAAGUAUCGUACAGCCCUCCCUCGACACAAGAAACAAUGCUAUCGCACGUCUCUUGGGAAACAGKCUCUCGACAGCGAUCACUGUCAAAUGGGGAUUCAAUAAGCAAACGGAGUCUACCUCCACUAGAUCCUAUCAACAGUAAAACUACUCCAAGACCUCCAACUCGUCUCACGAUGCACGAAUCGGUCGAUAACGAAACAUCAGUUAACAAACGAGUUCGACCGAUGUCGGCACGCGGACAGAGAACGUUAACAAAUGGUAGGGCACGAGGGUUAACCACAUAAAACACAUAUAUAGCUUACUAAUGCUAUUUAUAAGAAAGAGCCAAUGAUCAGAUAUAUUCAUCAAAUAUUUACUGGAAUGGAGGGUAGGAAACCCAAGACCCAAGCAUUGACUUCAAACUCCCUGAUCGACAAAUCGUGAUUGACUUUGAAAUUUCCUUAAACACGAUMAUUCAUAUGAAGGGGAAAGUCGACAAGUGAACAAAUAUUUAUUCUAAGAAAACAAAGGGAAACAAAAACAGUAACAAAUGAACUUAAGUCAAAUGUAAAUGUAAAGUAAAAAAGCAAGGGAUAUUUCAAACUAAAAGAAUAAAGUAAAACUCAAUAUUUCAUGGUAUAUGACGUGUCAAUAGCAGGUGGAGCUUAACAGUGACAGCAAAUAAAACAUUAACAAUGCUAAGUGGAAGACAAACCAUACAUUAAUGGCUUAAAUCUGCUUUACAAGAGCCGACUGAUAAAAAUUGAAAAUGUCAAAAAGCUUCGCAAAAAUAUCGAUUCAGGAAAAUCGACGCCAACUUGAUAGUGGUUGUCAUAGCAAACUAGAUACCGCGUUUGACAGCUAUUACCGCUAGAAAACUGUACAUGUCGUUUGUAAAACAUACGAUAUUUUAUAAAUACCUUGGAAUAAAUGAAAGAAAAUAUUUACAGACAAUAUAUCUAUAUCAUUUUUGUCCUGCAAAAAUUCGAUAUAUUUCUUAAAAUAUACCAACGAGAGCCUACUAUAGUCUUCAUAUGUUUGAAAAGCUAAACAACACAGUAUGUCAUAGUAUGCCAUUUUUGGAUCACUUUCUUAAUUUAUCUAAAUAAACAACAGUUAUACCGUUCCAUGUGAUUGAUAAACGAGCACGAWAUGACGUCAUUGUGACGUCAGAGAACACUUAUAAUGCAAUGUUACGAUAUGAAGAGGUUCAUUAUUAAAUAAUUAUGUUACAA